GGUCACCCCUUGAUUGCUGGUCACCUCGACCUUUGUCUUUGUGUGUCUCUGCUUCCCGACUUCGUCAAGGAGAACCCAGUUGCCAAGACUGCAGCCCUUCUAUUGAACGAGACCAGGGUGACGGACAUUGUCGAAGACCUGAUCCACAAACAAUCCUCCAAGAAACAAUGCAAAUAUCCUGUCCAUGCCAAGGGUAUAUGCAGCACCUCUGAUGUCUGCCGAUUCGAGUGCCAGGACGGCUACACCGCAUUCACCCCUUCCGGCUCCUCUUCCCCGACUUCUUGCACAUGCGCUGCUCCCAACACGGAAUGCAACGGCAAGUGCGGCCUCUUCCCCAAUGGCUGCGGCUCUCAGGCUGCACACAAGAAGAGGACCACGCCCAAAUGCGACGCCGACAAGCGCCUUUGCGGCGUUCCCGGCGGAAGCAACGGUAAAGGAUGGGAAUGUGUCGAUACCAAAUCCGACUUGGAAUCAUGCGGUGGCUGUAUGGUCCCUUCUCCGUUCUCUCUCAAUGUAACCAUGGGCGUCGACUGUUCCGCCAUUCCCAAUGUUUCCUACGUCUCUUGCAACGUCGGGAAAUGCCAAGUCAAGUCUUGCAAUGACGGCUUUGUACCCUCCCCCACAGGCGAUUCUUGUGUC